AUGGACAAGGGCAUGGACGUCCUGCUUCAAUGGUUCGAAGUAAUUGCCAGGAGUUCAGACAAGAUCAACGCCUUUAAAUCAAUUGUUGGAUUAUGUCCUGACUUGGCCGAGGAGAAGAGGAAUAGACUUACAAACUCAACAUCUUCAAUUGCUGAUUUGAUCGAGAGGACUACUGCCGCAGCGGCAGCAGCCGCGUCAUCAUCAUCAUCUUCAUCGUCAGAUGAAAAGAAGAGGAGCAUGAUGACAAUGGUUGAAGACGAACUCGACAUGAGGAACAAGAGAAUGAGAGUAUCUCGUCUACUAUGCAAUGAGGAGUUGCCAACAAUCACAUGCACAAACACAAGCUCAAGCUCAACAACUUCAACCUCAAGUACGAGCACGAGCACAAACACAAACACAAACAUGGAGGCAAAGUCAGACGAUGAUCAAUCAGAGGGAGUUGGCGCAGACUAUGAGGAGGAGAACAGCUAUCAAGAUAGUUUUGAUAGCCAGUCGCCAGAGGAUCACGCCGCCACUGAGGAUUAUCCAGGUAGCGACGAUGCCACCGCCAUGAGCAAGAUGAACAGUGCGCAUCUCUUGUCCUCCAGUCCCAAGUCGGCGGUGGCGGCAGCCGUGGGCGGCCUAUCGCCCUCACCCAAGCAAUUGAUGAUCAUCCGUGAGAAGAUGAUCGAGUACGUGCAGAAGAACCCAAGCGCCUCGCGCCCCAGCUGCAUCUCAGUUUGCCAACAGCCUUCGUCCAAGGUGGUCUGGAAGAAUCGUCGUCUGGACACGCCAUUCAAGGUGCGUCUCGACGUCAAGACUGCCAGCCAGAUGGCCAACCAGCCACUGUCCGUCUCAAACGUCGUGGCAUUGGGAGUUGUCACCGAUCACAAGGGCAAGCUGCAGAUUGACUCGGUCGAGAACUUCACAGAGGCCUUCAACGCGCAGGGUCUGGCCGUGUUCCAGGGUCUCAAGAUGACCAAGGGCACAUGGGGCAAGGAGUGGUCAUUGACGUUCAUUGCCGUGGCACGUCCCGCCAACUCAUACAGCAACGCCACCAUCCUCUCUGUCUCGCAGCCCUUCCCGCUCGUGGUCAAGACACGCAAGAACCCACAGAUUCGUCACAAUCAUGGCGCAAGCUUGGGCGCAUCUGGACUCUCUCAGAAUGGCACCGUCAACUCUAGCGAGAACUCAUCUUCUUCGCCCGAGGGCUCGCCCACCAUCGCCCCCAGGCGAGGACGCGCGCCAGCAUCGGCGCCACUCAUGUCGCUGCAGUCUCGCGGCGGUGCAUUCCCCUUCUCGGGUGAGGCCAACACACAGAUCCGUUUCCCUCAAGACGACAUGGCCAGUCUAUUAUGGGCAGCUGAGAUCAAGCAGCGUGAGCAUGGUUCUGAUGGUGAUACACCAGAUGUCAAGAGCAAGCCAUUGGUGCCAUCAUCAUCGUCAUCAUCAUCAGCAACACUAUUGUUGAAUGCCACUGCUCAGACUGCAGUGUCCACUCGAUAA